GAGGGCUCGCGGCUCCCCGCCCCUGCACUGCGCGGAGCGCCGGAGCCGGAGCCCCCGGGGAGAGCGGCGCGGCUGCGGGCACUCGCGGCGGGAGGGGCGGCGGCGGCGGCCGGAGGGACGUCAGGAGGCUAGCGGAGCCGCCAUGGCCGAGUUCCCGUCGAAAGUGAGCACGCGGACCAGCAGCCCCGCGCAGGGCGCCGGCACCUCGGUCUCCGCGCUGCGCCCGGACCUGGGCUUCGUGCGCUCCAGCCUCGGUGCGCUCAUGCUGCUGCAGCUGGUGCUGGGGCUGCUGGUGUGGGCCCUGAUUGCCGAUACCCCGUACCACCUGUACCCAGCCUACGGCUGGGUCAUGUUCGUUGCUGUCUUCCUCUGGCUGGUGACAAUUGUCUUCUUCAUCCUCUACCUGUUUCAGCUGCACAUGAAGUUGUACAUGGUGCCCUGGCCGCUGGUGUUAAUGAUAUUUAACGUGGGCGCCACCGUUCUCUACAUCACGGCCUUCAUCACCUGCUCUGCCGCCGUCGAGCUGACGUCCCUGAAGGGCACCCGGCCGUAUAACCAGCGUGCGGCUGCCUCUUUCUUUGCAUGUUUAGUGAUGAUUGCCUACGGAGUGAGCGCUUUCUUCAGCUUCCAGGCCUGGCGGGGCGUGGGCAGCAACGCAGCCACCAGUCAGAUGGCUGGCGGCUACGCCUAGGCCACCUGUGCCAUGGCCCACCUUGGGGCUGAAGGCUGCAGCUGGGUCACAGCUGGGUCACAGCGCGGGGCGGCCUGCAAGCCCGAGGCCUGAGCCCUUUGUGGAGUCGGCCUGGAAGGGACUACGCCUGCUCCGCACUGCUCCUCAGACCCGGGCUCACCCAGCGCUCCUUUGGAAUCGGGAUCCUUCCUCUGGUUUGGCCCAAGUCGGCAAGCGCCUGGGCUGGAGAGAGGCCCAUGGCUGACACCACCUGCCCGUCCCCCGUAUUUAGUGGAAGGUGAUGGGGGACGCGGGGCUCUCCACUUUGUCUUUAGAGACUCCAGUGUCCAAGGCUGGAGCCCAGUCUUCUCACCAACACUAAAUACACUAACGAGGACUCCAGACCUGCAGCCGCUGGCCCACCGUAGAAUAAGCCUAACAAGCCGCGCGUAUUUACCUUAGUCUUUGCCCUGGGACUGCAGAGCGAGCUUGCUGAAACCGGCCUCAUUCCUUCAACCGCAAUUCUGACCUGACCCUCCCUCCCUCAAGCCAACAGGUGGCUUCUAGGGAGUCAUCUGUGGAAAGAGGGUUAGGAUUUCUGACAGCAUGGUAGUCCUUUUCCUGCAUUUCAAACAUACCAGUUAUUUAAAGCAAUCGGUCUUAAGCAACUUCUCAGCGAUUAAAAACCUGGCCAGGUUUCCGUCCGGUACCCAAGCCCUUGUUUGUAGUAUCCCCUCUGGGAAAAGCUAACCGUGCCACCUGCUUCCCGGACGCUGUUGAUUAGGCACGUGGCACAUGGGACAUGGAGGAGGGAGGGACUCAAGACCUUGCCUGGUAAGUUGUCCCAUGCUUGGUGACUUGGUUCUCUUUGGGUUUUGUUGUUUUUUACAAAAAUAAAGCUGGAAGAACCUA